AUGCCGCUCCUUAAAAAUCUACAACUUGUACGAUGUUUCCACAAAGGAGUGCAAUCGGCACGAGGCACAGCUGUGCUAAACGUGGAAACGAAAAAGUGCGCCCGAAAUCCAAACAAGUCCAGCCCGCUAACACAUCUACCUGAUUACACCUAUAUGGAUGGUCGUGUAACACCUUUCGGGGCCAACCAAAAGAAAAGGAUUGUUCAGCAACGAACCAUCGCUCAACAAAUUGUAACACUUUCCAAAGAAGUAGACUUUGCCGUCGAACGGCAUAAUCGAAAGAUGGUUGAGGCGGAAGAAAACAAACGAAAGCAGAUUUCGGAAAAGCUGAUGCCCAAGGGGCAUUUGAUGCUGAAAAAGAAGUGA